AGCCGCAGAGCUUCCCCAUUGAUGAGUAAAAUCGUCUGGCGUUAGACAAGUAAAAAAAUAAGUAGGGUGCACUGAGGCGCAUUGUGGCUCAACGGGUUAAUUUUGAUUGGAUUUGGAUUGUAGAGAAUAAGGUUUCAAUUUUCCUUGCUGAAUGUGUAGCUGUUAUUAACUCAACUAUUAUAACAUAAACCUCAUUGAUAUUUUUAUGUUUAGGUCAAGGUCUCGUUCACCAAGGAGGGAUCGAUCCAGGAGCAAAAGUCAUUCUCCAAGGUAACAUACAGUACAUUUGAGUAAUCUGGAGAUUAAAACCACUUCAAUGUUUCAACAACUUUGUUUGAAGGUUUGUGACCUGACUAUAGUGAACUCAGAUCAAUUAUAGCAUAUGGCCCCCAUAAGUUAGUUCUGAAUAGAACUGCCUCAUUCUUUAAUCCUGUUCUAUUUAUCCAUGCCAGCUUUAAUUGAUAAGUUGGGCUAUCCCAGGUCAAAAAACAGGACAGUUUUGUACAGUGUUAAUUUAUGGGGAUCAUAUACUACAAUAGAUCUGUGAUCAAUUAGUGGUCUUGCACUGACCAUGCAAUCAUACCAACAGGCCUCCAUUUGACUUUUUCAAUUACUUCAGACUCGAACCAUACACAGUCACUGGAUCCCAAGAUUGACUUCAAGAAAGAGCGCUACAUUUAUGAUUAAAAUCAGUCAUAUAUGUUUGUAUUAUUUUGUAGAAGAAGAAGACGGCGAUCCAGAUCUAAAUCUGAGUCUAGGUCCAGAUCAGGAGAUCGUAAGGAUAGAGAAUCAAGGUAAGAAUGAUUAUCAUUAUUGAUGAUGUUAUAGAAUGGCAAUCAUACAUGUGUUGUCAAAACCUGAUGUGUCCAGGUCAACUUCUCUUGUCAAAGAAGUUUAAACCUGGCUUUAUAAGACAAGUUUAUAUUUUUUUAUAUUAGUUGUAUUAGUUACAUUUUGUUAUAUAUAUAUAUAUAUAUAUACAUAGCAUAAAAAGUGCACAUUUAUAACAUCUGGUUCAGUCUAUAACAUAAUACUUUUUUCGUAAUUAUUGUAAAUUCAGAAGUUGUUAUUUGUCUAAACAAUUUAGGUCACAAUCAAGAUCUAACAAAGAGAAAAGUGGUUCAGAAGAUGAAGAAAAAGAAAACAAAAGAAGGUAUGAAACAUGAACAUGAGUGCAUGAUAAAAUCAGUAAUAGGUUUGAGAGCUUCUGUACCAUGGUCUUUGCUAGACAUCAACUGUUCUUGUAUUAAAAACAAAAUUUUAAUUUUGUUUCAAAGCAGCAAGUCAAUGCAAAUAGAAAUAUUUGAUGUGCAAAUCAUGGACAUAUGUUUUUUGCUAAGUAAUAUAAUUUUAAAGUGUCUGUGCCAGUGUAGGUAGUGCCAAUAAUAUCAACAAGCUUUUGUUGGUAGGGAUGCAAUAUACCUGAAAGUAUGCAACUACCUGCUAGGGAUACAACUACCCUUAUAUUUUUCAGAUUGUUGCAUCUCUGCCAAUGAAAGCUUGUUUAUAUAUAAUUUAACAUACUAAUUUUUGUUUAACCCUUCAAAUGGCAAUGUGCCCUGACGUGUCCUACUGUAUUAUUUCACUCUGUCUAAUGCCAGACGAUUUUACUCAUCACAAGGAGGGUGCUACUGCCACUCAAUGGGUUAAUCAGACUAUCUGCCCAUGCUUCCUAAGCCUUCCUUUUAUUCCUAAAAACUGGCAAUGUGCUUACUGUAUUAUUUUACUCUGUCUAACACCAGAUGAUGUUACUUGUCAAGAGGGAAUGCUGCCACACAUAAAUACACAAUGGGUUAUUGAUAACUGAUGAUGUUUCUUGUAGAAGUUCAGAAAAGAAUGAUGAUGAAGAUGAUAAUGAGGAACAGAAUAAAAAAGAUCAAGAUGAAGAUGAUGAAGAAAAUGGAUAUGAAGAUGUCACUGAAGCUAAGGAAGAUGAUCCUGAGAAAGAUAAAGACGAUAAUGAUGAUGAAUGAUCAUAACAUUACACAACAGCUGUUCAUAUUUUUUCUAUUGUAAAAUGUUUUAUCUUAAAUAUUCUUCACAUCCAUUCAAACGGUGGCAAACACUUAACAAGAUAUUAGUAGUGCAAAAUUCAAACCUACAGUAUUCCCAAUCUUUUGGUGAGAAAAUUUCAGUCUUUGAACAACUUCCAAUCAACUUCAACUCCAGGUCAAUGAACAUUUUUAUAAUUGGACGGUUCUCUAUUUUUCAUGGCUUGGAAGCACAUGCUUUUUUGUUACAUACAGCUAAGUUGUUCUCUUGAUCAGCAAGGCGUUUCUGGGGCGUGGUCACCUAGGAAUCACUGACUGGACUCGAAGCCUGCCUCCCAUAGUGUUUGCCACCGAUUUCCAACGCUUUCCAAAAACAACUUGCUUACGAGAAAGGAGUAGAGCUGAUGAAGGAUUAUUACAUUCUACAAAGUGAUCAAGCUCUAAAACGUAACAAUUAUCAGUUUGCUUUUUAUCUUUUUUAAGGUUGCUUUCCAGUUAAUGGAGAGGUUUAGCAAAGACGACGCGACGUCCAAGACGACGUGAAAAUGGCGUGAUAUGCCCAUCUAUGGAUGUGCCCACGUCGUCUUUGACGUCGCAUCGUCUUUGCUAAACCUCUCUAAUACAGAGUGCAUGUACGUGCACGCAUGGAAAAGUUUAAAUCUGAUACCUAUAACUUAUAAUAACUCGUAUAAAUGACGUCAAACGCUAAUGUACCAUCAUUUGGAUUUUAAUAAUUGUAUGUAUGUUCCCUAUAUUUUUACGAAACUGCUUCGUCCCCUAAUUCGUCACUGGCGUGGUUUGGGUGUUAGCACUACAAUAUUCCUAGAAGUAGAAGAUAACAGAUAUGGAAAAUUCACCUGAAAUCUCCCACGAUGUGCCACAAUUAUCAAAUCAGAUCUUUGCAUGUCAGGCCUAGUUGCCAAUGACGAUAAAUAAAUAUGGGUACCAACUCAGAAUAUAACUUGGCUUGGCGUAAAUGGCAUGAUAGCCUUUGCAUCACAUCGCCUAGAGAAAUAACUACUAUUC